AUGAGAUCUCUAACGCAGUUCUCGGAAUAUUCAAACCACUCAAAUCACCACAAUCCACUGCGCCAGAUUUCUUACUGCCCAGAUUUGGAUGUUACAUUCGGGUGCUGUGAGAAGAAGGCGGAAUUCACGCUGAUUGGUUGGAGCGAUUUGGGUGUUUGCAAGCAUCUCGCAACCAUCUCCCAUAGUCCAUCUCCGACUCCGACCACCACCGACUCCCAGCUUAUCUCGCUCGCUUAUCUCCCGGAUGCCCAAUCCGUCUGCAUUCUAUCUCGGUCUGGUGAUAUCUCGCUGAUCCGAUUGGCUGAUUUCGAUUUGCACCAAGACUUGGAAUAUCCCGUCGAACACAUUGGCACUGUCGAGCCAGGCAUCACAGCAGCAAGCUAUAGCCCUGACGAAGAGCUUCUCGUCAUCGUCACUCUCAACGACGACCUCCUCCUCCUCACCGCGAAUGGCUACUUUGAUGUCCUCGCAGAGUUGCCGCUCAGAUCCAGCGACUUUGGCCAAGAUAAGAAUGUGAACGUUGGGUGGGGUUCCAAAUCCACGCAAUUCCACGGCCGCGCUGGUAAACAAGCCGCGACUCUGCCAGGUGGUCCAUCACUUGUAACAUCAGAGCAGACAGAGCACACCGAGCACACCCUCGACUCUCAGCCUAGAGUGUCUUGGAGAGGCGACUCAGCCUUUUUUGCUGUAUCUACCCUCGACCUCCUCGACAAAGAAAGCGGUGAUGGGCAGGUAGAAGCGCGCGUGAUACGGACCUAUAGCCGCGCAUCAGCCGAGUUGCAAUCUACCUCUGAAUUCGCUCCUGGGCUACUGCAUCCUCUAGCCUGGCGCAAGGGGCCUGGCGCUCCGACGAUGGCGUCCGUGAUGCGAUAUGGACAGUCUCCAGGCUGUGCCGAGGGCUAUGAGCAUCUUGAUAUUGUUUUCUUCGAGCGCAACGGCCUCAGACAUGGCGAGUUUACCUUAAAGGGUAUCGUGCAGGGUGCGUUGGAGGGAAAGAAAGAUGUGCGCGUCAAGGAACUCGAGUGGUCCUGCGACGGAGUCGUCCUGGCGGUGUGGCUGUCCAUCGAUAACGAGGAUGUCGUCCAGCUGUAUAGCUCUGCCAACUGGUACUGGUAUCUCAAGAGCGAGGUGCCUCUCCGCAGCGCUGGAAAUACAAACAGUGUACAGGCGCUCUCCUUCUCCGACGAAUCCCCUCUCAACCUUUCCAUAAUCCUCGCCGAUUCCUACAGGAAUUUGGAAUGGUCAUGGACAGUGUACAGCUCGCCCAACGAUAGGCACGACCUCGGUUUGGUGGGAGUGGUUGAUGGACAUCACACCAAAUUCACUCCACUCGGAAUCGCCAAUGUCCCACCACCUAUGUCACUCUAUCAGGUGCAAACAAACGGCACACCCGUCCACGUGGCAUUCGCACACUCGUCACUGGCCUUCCUCCUCCCAGGCGGCAGGGUAGAGGUGUGGCGGUACGAGCCUGCAAAUGGCCACGCUAGACCUACACACCAGAGCACUCACCAGACAGACGCACAUGCGCGCCAGAUCGCGUGGGUGGACGAGCACACGCUCGCUGUCGCCGGCGGUGAGCUGGGCGUGGUGGAUGUGAGUGUGGAUUCGAAGGAGGGUGUUUACACACGCACUAGUGUGCACAGCGAGGCAGUACCAUUGCAUCGGUCCCUACUCGUGCCUGGCCUGUCUGACACUGCUCUUUUGCAGGAUGCAAAUGCGCGUCUGCACACCCUUACCCUCACCCCCACCCCUACUCUCGCGGAACUAGAUGUGGAGCUCGGAGUGUUCUGCCCGCACGUCAGCUACCACGGCGGCACAGAGCGCGUCGUCGCGCUAUCCCCCACGGGCAAACUGUCUAUGGGAAGUGUAGACGGUGUGCGAAUGACCCCACUCGCCACUAACGCCCUCUCGUACACACUCACGCCCGAUUUCCUUAUAGGCACCACGAGUGCGCACAAGGCCAUAUUCGUCGACUUGCACAGCGCGAGUGAGGCAGGCGGUGGUGUUGAGGAGAGGAGAGUAGAGAGAGGGUCGCGCGUAGUGUUAGCGUGUCCACGUGCAAUGCGGCUCGUGUUGCAGAUGCCUCGUGGCAAUCUCGAGACUAUCGCUCCGCGUCCGCUAGUCCUUCAGAACGUGCGGCGCGAUGUUGAGGCGGGCCGGUAUGGCGAUGCGUUUGUGGCAUGUCGGAAACAUCGUGUGGAUAUGAACAUCCUCUUCGAUUUGCAGCCUUCCCUCUUCUUCGACAGGCUUGCGGCGUUUGUGGACCAGAUCAAGCACCAGGAUCACCUCAAUCUCUUCCUGACGGCGUUGCGGGAUGAGGACCUCACUCUGACGCAGUAUGCGAAGCAGGAGCAGGAGCAGGAAAAGGGAGAAGUGGAUGUGGGCGAUAAGAGCACACACGCACCCCACCGCCCUAACAAAGUGAACGAAAUCUGCACGGCAGUGCGAGGAGAGCUGCUCAAGCGGGAUUUAGUGGCGUACACGCAGACGAUUAUGACAUCCUACGUCCGCAUGACACCGCCAAAUGUCGAAGCUGCGCUCAAUCUGCUGCACGAGCUGCAGAAGCAGAAGGUGAGGCGGGAGGUGGAGAUGGAAGUGGAGCUGGGAGAUAACUCUGGUGACAGCGUCCACGAUAACUCAGACCUAACCGAUCUGGUUGAGGAGGGAGUCAAGUAUAUAAUCUUCCUCGUCGAUUCGCGCACCUUAUUCGACUGUGCACUUGGCAUGUAUGACUUCGAACUAGUGUUGAUGGUGGCGCAGCAUUCUCAGCGCGAUCCUAAGGAGUAUCUUCCCUUCUUGCGCCAUCUGCAGGGUAUGGGUGAGGCUGAGCAGCGGUUCCACAUCGAUGACCACCUCGGCCGGCACGUGCGUGCAAUGGGGCAUGUGUACGCGCUAUACAGGAGUAUGAGCGAUACAGACAACGAGAAAGAGAAAGAAGCGGCAUUGUCGACAUUCAUCACGUACGCACAAGACCACUCGCUUUACAAAGAGGCGCUUUCGCUUAGCAAGGAGGAUAGCACAGCGCAUAGGGUGGUGCUGGAGGUAUAUGGGGACCAUCUAACGACGCAAAACGAGUAUCGGGAUGCAGCCCUCGCGUAUCGACUUGCUGACCUGCGCGAGAAGGCCUUGGGAGCUUAUGACCGGGCACACGCGUGGCAGGAGUUGUUUGCGAUGAUGAUGGAGUAUGGUAGCACCUCAGACGAGCUCGCCGACGUUGCUUACCGUAUUGCCGAAGAUCUCAACCAGCGUCGUCGGUUUAGCGAAGCGGGUCGUGUGCUGUGCGAUUAUACAGACGAUACACGUGCUGCCGCCGAUCAGUAUAUCAAGGGUGGGGAGUAUGCGGAGGCGGUGCGCGUGUGUGUGUUGAAGAAGCACUUGAACCUCAUCAACACUUUCAUCAAGCCAUCUCUCAUUAAUGCGCACGAAACGGCCAUGGACGAGGCGGAGGAGAUGGACGGUCAACUCACCAAACAGAUGGAGAGACUGGGCGAGUUGCGUAUGGCGAAGAAAGCCCAGCCUGAGGCUUUCUACAUGGAGGAACAGCUCGAGAACAACCCCGCAUUGGAUAAUGUGGAUGUGGCUUCGGAUGCUACGACGGCAGUGACGCAAUUCACGCGUUACACUCAACGAGCUUCGACAUUUGCAAGCAGCGCGAUGACGGGAGCUUCCAAGAAGAACAGCAAGAAGAGCAAGAGAAAGGCUGCGAUGAAGGAAGCGAGUGGGAAGAGAGGGACAGUUAACGAGGAGGUGUACAUCAUGGCAAGUCUAAAGAGAUUAGUUGAGCGUGUGGAGGGAGUGCUCAAAGAGGCAGGUGGAUUGCUGGGAUAUCUGUUGAUUUACGGGUACGUAGAGGAGCACAGAACGCUAAAAGAAAGACUGGGGGAUUUGGAGGAGAGGAUAGAGGGAGCAGUGGGGGAGACUUGGAGGGAGAGUGCGGAUGACACGGCUAUUCCUAACAACAUACCAGACACAGAGAGGAUGGUGUGGGAGAGAGUGUCUAGCGAGUUGAGUAGAAAGUACACGCAGCCUAGUAAACCAGAGAAUAAGAGAAUAAAUUGGAGAAGAUUGUAA